UUUUGAACGUAGCUUACAAAAAUUGUGUCGCAGCAAGCGUGUGAAUAUAAAAUUCCAUUUUUUUUCAAAUUAUUCUAUGUGAUACGUUGGAAAAUUUCCCGUAAACUUUCGUUUUAUGAUAAUGCAUUCAGGCUUUAGUGACAUUGUAUCACCAAGAAACCUUCGGAGAAGCCCAGUACGGGAAAGUGGCAUCAAUAUGCAGCUUCAAAAUCCUGGUCAGUCAAGUGAGUCAAGUAGCAGAACCAAGCCCCCAAGCAGAAUUAAACCUCUAAGCGGAAUAAGACCCCCGACUGGAAUGAGACCUUCAAGCUCCCAACUGCAACUGCCGCCAUCAAGUGUACAUAUACCGAGAACAGCUGGCACUAUACCCAGACCUCAAAAAGUAAUCCCUCUGCCAGGAGCCCCAAACAAGCUGGCGGCUGUGCCCAAACCAAUCAGAGUGCAAGACAGCACAAUAUCUAACCUACUACCUCUCAGCGCAGUGAAUGUGCCGUCUUUGACUUUACUUCCAAAACCAUCGUUUAUGCAGCAUGUUACACAACCGGAAACAGCUGGAGAUAAAUAUGCAGCAAUACCCGCAUCAAGACUUGGACCGCCAUCAAGGCUGCAACCACCAAUACCAGGAUUUGACUCGAAGAGGUUAAAAAUACCCGAAGAGGAAUUAUCGGCGAUGCCAACAUCAAGACUUGCACCACCAUCUAGGCUACCACCACCAAUAACAAAAGCUGGUUCACAGAGAGAGAGAAAUCGAUCUCCUAAUAUUCCUGUGAAAAGGAGUUCGUCUCAAGCACCCAAAACACCUAAAAUCAGUACUAGUACUGCGAUCAACUUAUCACUCCCUCGGACAGCAGUCAAAACGCGAGUAAUGAACAGCGACCCAUCGUCAGAAAUAUAUCACAUUGCCGGUAGAGAUAUAGAAUUCGUCGAUUGGGUACCAUCUCCAGAGUUUCCAGAAGCGCGUCAAACAGAAAGAAAGUCUGUUAUCCGGCCAGGCAAAGCACAAAUUGUAAAGGGUAUAACGUCUUCGAAAAUCAGUCAUCCGAUAGUGCCUAAACGACACCGGUCACCAAAACCUAAAAAGGUUUACGAAUUCGACGAUGAACUGUCCGUUACGGCAGCAAAGCAGUUUGCGAUUCAACUGGACGCUGAUUUGGCUAAAGUUCAAAAAAUGAAUCAAGAAAUGCAAGAACUAAAGCAAAGAGGAUCGUCGAUUUUACAUAAAAUUAAAAAUAUGUAUGCUAAAGAAGGCCUAACCGAAAGAAGAACGGCAUCACUAGAUGUAGAAGAAUUUCGAGAGAAAUAUGGAAUUACUCAGAGUCCUAAAAUGCGGCAAUUAUUGGAAGUUACUAGAGCUUUUAACCAAGACAUGAUUAAAAAGAACGAUGUUCUUCAAAAAAUGAUAACAGAUCCUCGGGAACAAAUUUCAUUUCCCGAAAUAGCAGCGCAACAUGUUCAACAACAACUUACUCGGCAAGAGAAAAUAGACAAUUAUAAACAAAAAAUUGAUAUUCAACAAGAAUACCGCAAUAUGUUGGAGGAAAGAAAAAGAAAACACACCGCUCAGAAACCGUUAGUAAGACAAGAACAGGAAGAAAUCCGAAGAUGCCAUACAGAUACUCAAGUAAAUAAAUAUACAGCACCAACCGAGGAAGAACUAGAUAAACCUCAGGAAUUGGCUGAAAUGAUGGAGUUGCAAGAGGCCGGUAUACUGUUGACCGACACACCCCACAAAACGGUUGAGGUAUUAUUUUCAGAGGCAACACCAAGGGCGGAUAUUAGCUAUGCUGUUGGAAACCUGGUAAUUCCCAACGAAAUUGCAUUGGAAGAAAUGAAUACGAUUAACAGUUUGGAUCUGUGUACGGCUGAGGUUGCAUUAAAUGCUAAUUCAGUAAUUGCACCGGCACAUGAUAUUGCCAAGUCGCUACUAGAAAACAGUCUACAAGAAAUGACAGCUCAAUCAAUUCACCCGGUUCCACAACCACUUGAUCCGUUGUAUGCAAUUGAUCUCAAACUAGAUCGUCCAAAGAGACAAAACCUUGUACAACUGCAAGGAUCCUCGCAACCCUUUUGGUUUCCAGGAUUUUACACCUUCUUUCCGGGUCCACCGGGACUUGUCCAAGCAACAAAAUCACCAAGUGCGACCCUGCUAAUGGCACUGCGGAAAAUUCAACCCUCGGUGAUUAUUUAAAGAUAAUUGUGUUACUUAAAAUAAAAGCUCAUUGCAGUUUUGUGUAUA